CACGAAAAAAGUAUCGAUACUUUAUGGUAUCGAGUAGGUUUCUUUUCGAUACCGAUACUUUUGUACUCGAUAACUUGUAUUCGAUACUUUUACUUACCAAGUACUUUUGACAGAUAUCGUAUCGAAUAAAUUACUUGUUUUUUUAUUUAUUCAUAAUUUAUGGCAACAUUUGCAACGCCAUCUUGUUCAAUCUUGCUGAAGCUUUCAUUCAUAGAGAUAGUUCCGUUGCCGGUAGGUUGCCGGAUUCACAUUUCAUUUGUUUAAUUAGUCUAUGGUUCAUUGGCUGUACUGUAGCUGUAUGGACUUAGAUCCCUUUGCCUAACCUCACGAAAAAAUCAUACAAAAAAAACUCUGGUUCAUUCGUUCGUUGUUGUUAACUGACAGUUGGUUGUUAUUUAUAACAUGUUGAUAUUUAAUGAUUUUCUUGCAUUAUUGAUAAAUGAUAAUUGACUUAUUGAUAUUUCAACCUAUUCAGAACAGCACUCACAAUUAUUCUGUGUUUGUAUCGGGAUUUGAAUCAGUGCAAUAUCCAAAGAAUGCCGCCUACCAAGAGUGACGUUUGGCAGUAUUUCGUCAAGAUUAACAAAGAUGAGGUGAAAUGUAAGAUUUGUUUCAAAACUUUAAAAUCGUCAGGGAAUACGUCAAACAUGAAUAAACAUUUAAAGAAACACCCUAAUUCUGAUGCCUCAAGUGUAAAAGGAGAUAAAAAACAAACGACGAUGUCGACGAUUCAGAAAAAGUUAGAACUGUCGAAUUUAACGAGUCGUGAUCACGAACCCCAACCAUCAACAAGUACAUCGAAAGCACCUGAAUCAGAUGCAUUGCUAACAACUCCUUCACCAUCUGAUGUCGAGAGAAUUCCAAUAGUAAUCAGUGGUGAUGGUGAGUUAGAAGAAACCUAUGCACCACCUCCAAAAAAAAGGCAACUUUCAAUUGUACAAUCAAUGGAACGAAAAUACUCUUAUUUGGAUGGAGGAAAAGAUUAUUUGAAACUCUGCAAAUGUUUGCUUUAUUUUAUUUGCGUUGAUAAAAGACCGUUUGACAUUGUGAAAGGGCGUGGGUUUAAAAAAUUGAUGCAUCAAGCAUGUCCAUCAUUUAAAAUUCCUCAUGUAGAUACCCUUAAAGCACAAUUCGAACACUUUUAUAGUGUAAUGCGUUUGAAAAUAGAAAAUAUAUUUGACAAUGUAGAUCACGUGGCAUUAACCUGCGAUAUUUGGAGUGAGAUGAUGACUGUUACCAGUUAUUUAGGGGUUACUGCUCAUUAUUUGCAAGAAGACAAACUGGUGUCACGUUGCAUAGCUACCGUUGCACUGGAUCAGCGUCAUACUGGUGAUUUUAUCGCUGAAAAAUUAAAAGAAAUUUGUGCAGGUAUACACAUCAGUUUGGAUAAAAUAACUGCAGUAGUUACAGACAAUGGCUCGAACAUGAUAGCCGGCAUAGCAAAUUUUCUAGAAAAGAACAAACAUUUACCUUGCUUUGCUCAUACAAUUAAUCUAAUUGCUGAAUCUGCCAUGUCAGUCAAUGAUUUAGGAGCAUUAGUAAGCAAGGUACGAGACAUUGUAAAAUUUUUCAAGAGCAGUGUAAUCCUCAGUGACUCUUUACGUCAAAAGCAAACUGGGUCUCAACCUCUCAAACUGAUUUUAGACGUGAAGACUCGGUGGAAUUCCGUCUAUUAUAUGCUACAGAGAUACAUUGAAUUAGCACCAAUAGUUCAUCAAAUUUUGAUGUUAAAUACAAAAGCACCACCCACACCAUCGGCUGUAGAAAUGCAAAAUAUUAAAACAUUGAUUUGUAUUUUGAAACCGCUGGAGUAUGUAACCAAAGAGUUAUCAGGUGAACAGUAUGUAACCAUUAGUAAAAUAAUUCCGAUGGUGAACUGUUUGAAGACGCAGAUUAAUACUAUACCUAUGGCUGUAGGUGAUGGUGAUGAUCCCCAUGGAAAGGUAAUAGAUACAGUAAAAAAAGAAAUCCUAAAACAGAUAGAACGCCGAUUCGGACAUAUUGAAGGUAAUUAUUUGAUUGCAAUGUCAUGUUUGCUAGAUCCGAGAUUCAAGAAUAUCCAUUUUCAGGACGCUAAAGCUUGUGCAAAGGCAAUUUCUUCACUGAGAAGAUAUAUAACAACGUCUCCUAGUGUUAUCGGCAGCGAUCAUGACAGCGAUUCCUCUCUUGAAACAACUUACGAUUUUUGGAGUCACCACAAGAAAUUAGCUCACACGAAAAAGCGAAGUAAAACCAGUGCUUCAUCACAGUUUGAAAAUAAGGAUGAAAUAAGCCAUUAUUUAUCUACACAGGUUUCGCCACUCUCUUUGGAUCCUCUGAAACAAUGGGAAGACAUGAAAGUUGUUUUCCCAAAAUUAUAUAAAUUGGCACGAGAAUUUUUAUCGAUUCCUGCGACUUCAGUGCCCUCAGAAAGAUUGUUUUCGAAAGCUGGAAGUACAAUUACUAAAACCCGUAACCGCCUAUCGCCAAAAAGGCUCGACAAACUUCUUUUCUUGAGCGAUUGUACCGAGGAGGAAUGGGAUUUAUAAUAUUUUAGAUUAAAAAAUUGUGGCUUUA